AUGGGUAAGAAGCCCAAGCAGCAGCAGAAGCAGCACCCAGCACCGGCGACGGCGAGCGUCGCCGCCGCCACCGCCGCCCCGCCUGCUGGACUCCCGACCUUCAUCACUCCAACGGGCCCUGCCUCGUGCCGAAUUGGUGUGCAUGCCAAGCCCGGCAGCAAGGUGUGUAGCGUAACGCUAGGGCCCGAUGCGCUGGAGGUGGCGGUGGAUGCGAAGCCUGUGGACGGGGAGGCGAAUGCCGCACUCAUCGAGUUUGUCGCUGAGGUGCUAGGCCUCAAGCGGCGGGACGUGACGCUGGCCAGCGGCACCACAUCCAGGCACAAGGUGCUGGCGGUCGCGGGGAUCGACGCCCACGCGGCGCUGCAGCGGCUGCGCCAGGCCUAG